AUGGGCUGGCUCUGGCGCUCCGAACCUCUCGCCAGCAAUGAAACCCCUAAACCCGACAUGUCCGCUCUGGCCGGAUCAGCAACACCCACGAUUGCUCCUGCCCAUUCCCCCAUCGCUGAGCCUGCAAAACAAGCCCUUUCCCGAGAAGAACAGGCCAACCAAGAGUUCUUGGAACUUGUCAGAGAGCUUCAAGCACAGACGGAAGUAGAACCGGAGCAGAAACCACGACCACAGUUGCCUAGGACAUCCGUACAAGCUCUUCCUGUUGAGACCGACAUCUCUCCUGAUUCUCUCUAUCCUACCGAGAUAUCCUGCCGAUCCGCUUUUGACUAUGCCAUGUUCUGCCAAAGCUUCGGUGGGCAAUUUGUCAACAUCUACCGUUACGGCUCUUUCCGGUCGUGUUCGAACCACUGGGACGACUUUUGGCUGUGUAUGAGGACAAGAAACUGGGACGCGAAAGAUCGAUCGAGGGCAAUUCAGGAGCACUAUCGCAAAAAGGCAAUCAAGUGGAAGACUGGGCCUAGCAGUGAAGAUGUAUGGGACGUAAGAGAACAUCCAGUAAAGGAUCCUUUCCAAGGCAACCUAGACAAGUUGGAGGCAGAGAUUGCCGAGUGGAAGAAAGCAAAUCCUGGAGUCCCUGAUCCCUGGGGACAACCAAAACAGCCGGCGUUCAACACUCAAAAAGUUGUGUGA